AUGUCUCAUUUCAUGCCCCAGAUCCCUGGCUACUACUAUGAUGCCACCAGAAAUCGCUACUUCAAGGUUGUGAAUCACCCGACUGCACCCGCCCAGUCAGCCUGGUCCAGCGAUGCCGUUAAGAAGCGCAAGCUGGAGGACGACAAGAUGCAGCGGGCAGCUGAGCGCAUGAAGCUGAAUAAGAACCGGGUCAAGCGCUCACCGGCUUUGAUGCGCCCUCUACAUGGCGGCGAUCUUUCACGCGAGAUUCACGGCAGCGUUCAACAAGACAUGGGACCAACUGCUAUCGCCGCCAAUCUGGUCCAUCGAGGUAGCAUUCUCUUCAAUGACGCCCGCUGGGGUGCUUCCCAGAAUAUGAGCUGCAUGUCUGUGAUUGGAAAGGACAAGUUUACUGACCUUGGUUUUGCCUACAUUUCUCCUGAUGGAAACUCGAUUGCGUCCAGUUACAUUCCCAGGGACGGUAAGGGCCAAGUCCACCGCCGCCUCAUAGUGGACGGUGGCUAUUCUGUCCCCGGCAAUCGCGCUGCCCCUUACCACGAAGGUGAGCACGAGCAGGUAUCGGCCAUCAAGUUUGACCACCAUCGGAAUUUCAUCAUCACUGCAUCGUCAAGACCCGAGCCUUUUAUUCCGCUACGCGUUCACAGGGUUGUUACAAUGCACAAGCUUUGGAAGGAUUGCAAAAGACCGUUUGUGCGACUUGGACAAGUGAGCAAUGUCGGCACGCCGAUCAGCAUACCGGCUUCUCCAGAAAUGAGUGCUUACCAUCAUCCCUUUGGACUCGACAUACAACAACCGACCGACGAUUAUUAUGAGAUCCAUGCUCUUGCAAUCCCCGACAUCCAGACUCGUGUUAUUUGUGCCAUUGGUUCUAACAGGGGAAUCCUACGAUAUGAUGAAAGUUUGAUUACGAGUUUGUCCGCAGAUUCUAUGGCGUAUCCAAUGACAACAUUAGCGAAUCCCAAUCAAGGUCUGCACUGGGCUGCACCCAGCCCUCUCAGGCCGACCUCGUUUCCCCCGCAGUCAUGUCGAGACAUAUUUACUGUCGACUUUCUUCGCGGGCACGACAUGAUCAUUCUUGGAGGAGGUCGACCUGGCCGCUGCCUUGUCACGGACGCUCGCGUACGUGAUGAUCAUUGGCAGUCAUUCCAGCACGGAACCAGCAUUACGCACAUCAAGUCGCUCAACCAACACCACGUUCUCGUCAGCGGCACGCGGAACAAGAUGUGCAUCUAUGACCUGCGUAUGGUCGACAGAGAACACCGUACCACUAGCGAUGGACCCGACAAGUGGAAAAGCCUACACAGCAAACAAGAGCCAGCUCUCAGUCUUGUCGAUUUCCCCGAGUACAAGAAUAACGCUCACAUCAAGAUUGGUUUUGAUGUUGAUAUCGAAGCUGGAAUCGUGGCCACCGCUCAUGAUGAUGGCAGGGUUGCCCUCCACUCUCUCCAGUCGGGCAAUCAGUUGGAGUCGCCAGCCAUCGACAUGGUCAAGGCCGAUGUGGAGUCGAGAGGCCCGAUCAAAACUUUGCAGUUUGCAAAGAUGAACAAUGACGCUCACUCGAGCUUGUUUGUCGGCGCCGGUUCGACCAUGAAGGUGUUCUCGUACGGUCCGGUGAUGGCUGAUGACGAUGAAGCUUGA